CUCGCAUUGACUGUGGUCGGAUUUGAGGAGAGAGGGCGGUUGGGUAGGCGGGCCGCGGCUAGCCUGGUUCCGUUUCUUUUAGAACGUUCUGCCGCCGAACCUGCCGCCUCUUGUGAUUUGCCGCCACGGCCGCCACACUUUUUCUCUUUCCUUGUCUGAACAAAAAACAUCCAUUUCCAGAUAUUUCCUGGGUUCCUCUAGUUACUCGUGUUCCGCGCGAAAAAGGCCAUUUACCAACAUCUCAUUUGUCUAGACCGUAUCUAUCUUCACAACCUACUUCAUCUCUCUAGACUCUAGUAUGGAUAGCCUAUCCGUUUCUAACGAUCUAACUAUCGGAAUACUGUCCCUUCAGGGUGCCUUUGUAGAACAUCAAGUUUCAAUAGAGCGACUAAACCUGAACCGAAGGAUUCGCGUUCUUCAGGUGCGCACAGAACAGGAUCUCGAUCAGUGUAAUGCUCUAAUCAUUCCCGGAGGAGAGUCGACCACGAUUGCACUAUUAGCCCGACUGUCUGGCCUUUUUGAGCCGCUGAAACAGUUUGCCAAUACGAAGCCCGUUUGGGGAACAUGUGCAGGCGCAAUCCUGCUCUCGAAUUCCGUCGUGGGUGCUAAGAAAGGUGGUCAGGAAUUAUUGGGUGGGAUGUCAAUAUCGAUUGCGAGGAAUGGUUGGGGAUCGCAAAUAGAAUCCUUCGAAGCACCUCUGCAAGUAGAUGGCCUUCGUGACUCUACGCGUCCUUUUUCUGGGAUUUUUAUUCGAGCACCGGUUCUUCUUGCGCUGAAGAACUCGCCCAAUGAUCCACCGAUCCAAGUCGUUGCUCGACUUCCUCAAGAACUCACACCGGAAUCCCUCAUCAGCCAGGUGGAAGAGUUCGACGCAGAUACCACAACAAUAGUUGCAAUCCGUCAAGGGUUACAUUUGUUGACAACUUUCCACCCUGAACUUACCAAAGACGACCGAUUUCAUGAGUAUUUCGUACGUGAAUGUGUGCUCAAUGCUAACAGUCCAUAAGAUACCCUAGUGUAGCAUAGAUUAUAGGCCAUAUUGAUAAUUUCAUAUCGGCCGCGGAUG